UGGUAUUUUUUUGGGGGGGAGUUAGUUUUAAUCACAAUUUUAAAUUUUGGUAAAAUUAAUUUUGGAAAACUACGAAAUUUAGUGAGGUAGUUCGAACAUUUUUUAACAGGGAAAUGUUAGAACAUCCUGCGACACGAGAUUUGUCAACACUUCUAUUCUUUUACACAGUUUUUGAAAUCAAAACCCUUUUUUAUUAGAAUCAAUGAGUUUGAUAACUUUUUCUACACCUAAAUACAACACACAUUUUGGUAAACUUCGGCUAUUUGAUUUUGAUAUAGAUAUACAUAAUUUUCGUAUUGAAUGAAUUUGUAGCCAGCUGGACAGAAAUAUUUUUACGGGACAACAGUCUGGAGCAAAUUGAUUCUUGUCCAGCCCUAAUCAACAUAGUCACAAAUUCAAAUUUUUAUGAACAAAAACAAAAAGGCCUCGUAUCUUUUUUUUGAUAACUUUAACAUGAUAUUUUUUUAGAAUUUAUUACAAUAAUUUCCAGCAGAACAUGGCAGAUGAUUUCAAGACAGCGCAACCGUUGCAAUUUUACAAACAAUUUUUGAAAGAAAAUAUUCGACCCGAUGGACGUCAACUACUGGAGUUCCGAAAAACACUUCUCAACAUAGGUGCUAUCAAUACAGCUGUUGGCUCGGCAUUGGUUCGUCUUGGUGAUACAACGGUUGUCUGUGGUAUAAAAGCGGAAUUGGCCGAACCAACACUAGAGCAAUGUGGACAAGGUUUUUUCGUUCCGAAUGUUGAACUGCCAGCUCUAUGUUCACCAGAAUUUCGGCCAGGACCUCCCAGUGAAAAAGCGCAAGUUUUAAGUCAAUUUGUGUUGGAUACAGUCUUGAACUCUGAAUUGAUAUCUCUUGAAGAUUUAUGCAUUGUUAAUAAAAAGUUGUGUUGGGUAUUAUACGCUGACAUGGUUUGUGUCAGCCAUGAUGGAAAUCUGAUAGAUGCCUUGAUGACGUCACUUUACGCUGCCCUGCGAAAUACGAAGUUACCACUAGUUAGAAUCAACGAGGAGAGCGGUUUAACAGAAGUACUGGACGAUGAGAAACAUGACUUACAUCUUCGAAAUAAACCCGUCUCAACGACAAUUGCAGUUUUAGAUGAAACGACUCUUCUAGCUGAUCCCACCUACGAAGAAGAAGAAUUGUCAUCAUCGAUGAUCACCAUUGUUGUGGGGUCUGAUAAGCAACUUUGUUCAGUAUAUAAACCAGGUGGAUGCCCAGUUCCUGAAAGUUUACUAAAGUCGUGUAUGCAGACGGCUUUUAAUCGUUCUGAAGAUAUAAACAAGCUGCUCUCAGAAGUAGACGAGAAUAUAGAUAGAUGAAACGUAUAUACGAUUGUUAGAGAUACACUAGAUAUGUAUGCGCCUAUGUUGACGCUCGAACUCCGUGAAGCUCUCCUUCUCAUGGAUGAAAAAAGAAUAACGUUGACUUACAUUGUGUAAUUAUUUAAGAUAAAAAGUAGAGUACCAUUCCAAA